CUCUCUCUCUCCGUAUCCUUCCUCGUCAUCCUCUCGGCUUUGCAAAUUCUUGUAAUAUUCAUGCGGGGGUCUGUUACCAUUAACAAAAUUCCAGUUCUACGUUACUAUCGUGUUUCCCUUCCACGUAGCCCUAAAUCUCAUCCUCUUCUCCUUCCCACCUAUCCUGCUCGGGUUCUCAUGGAUAACAAUAGCAGCAGCAGCGGGUCUUCUUUUGCAUCUUUUGCUCGUAACUCCAGAAGUGGUGGUAGAGGAGGAGAUUGGGAUGAUAGAGAAAGAUCAAGGGGCCGUGGUGGUGGUGGUCGAGGGAGUGGCUCUGGCAAAGAUAAAAUUGACGCCCUUGGUAGAUUGUUGACACGUAUAUUGCGCCAUAUGGCACCUGAGUUGAAUUUGAAUAUGCGAAGUGAUGGAUAUGUGAAGGUUCAGGAUCUGUUAAAGCUGAACAUACAGACAUUUGCUAAUAUUCCAUUGAGAUCACAUACUGUUGAUGAAAUUAAGGAGGCUGUCAGAAAGGAUAAUAAGCAGCGCUUCGGCCUCUUGGAAGAAAAUGGGGAGCUUUUGAUACGUGCAAACCAAGGCCACACAACAAUGAUAGUUGAAUCUGAAAGAUUGUUGAAGCCCAUCCUUACAUCUGAAGAAGUUCCAGUGUGCGUGCAUGGGACCUAUCGGAAGAAUUUGGAAUCAAUAUUAGAGUCUGGUCUAAAGAGCAUUAAACGAUUGCAUGUUCACUUCUCACGCGGCUUGCCAACUGAUGGGCAAGUGAUUAGUGGGAUGAGACGGGAUGUUAAUGUUUUGAUCUAUCUCGAUGUUAGAAAAGCUCUAGAAGAGGGAAUGAAAUUUUACAUUUCAGAGAACAAGGUAAUUUUGACUGAAGGUUUUGAUGGUGUUGUGCCAGUCAAGUACUUUGAGAAAAUAGAAUCGUGGCCCGAUAGAAAGCCGAUACUUUUCUGAACCUGGAUCAGUUGGGGUGCAAUCAUUCCAUUUCUCCUUUACAUUUUUGAUCCGUUGGCUGAUCAUCUCAGCAUAAUGAGAUGCAACAGUUCGCUUUGUAGCACAUGUUAAGCUGGUCGUAGUUAGCAAUUCCCUUAUCAAUGGAAGUGAGACUGGCGCUUUUGAUGUUCAGCUUGAAUUGAUGUUGUAUAUUUAUAUCUACAUUCCUAGAGGAGUACUUUUCUUGUGUAUAAUGAAAGUACAAUGUGAAAUAACCAAGUCAAUUUUAAUGGAAGAAAGGUCUUGCAAGUCGAUGUU